CCCCACCCCAUUGGCAUUGGCAUUCGCAUUCCAAGGUGUUUUUUUGCUGGGAUAUACCCGGAGCAGUUGAGGAGGCACUUUUUCAAAGUGGCACAUUUAUUUGCGCACAAGACCGUGGGGAUCAAGUCAUCUCACGUUGGACAAGGACCACAAGGACCUCAAAGGAGCCUCUACUCGGUCACAAAAAGGGGCAUGAGCAAGCAUGAAGCUGACCGAUAAGAUGCUCACCUCCUCUCUGUUUCUUCCAGUUUGUUUUUCCUCUUCUUCUUCUUUUUUCACAUCCUUCUUUGUCUCUUAUCUUGUUCUCCUCCCCCACCUUCAUUGUAUAUAUUCCCUUUAACGAAUUGCAACGCAACCAAGUAACGAAAGUAAAAUGUCCCACUCAAGGGCCAAUAACGAAAGCGCCGAUCUGGAGCACCUCGAACUGAGUGAGGAAGUCGUCGGUGCCUCGUUCGACGACAUGCGGUCAGAGCCAUCCUCAGAAGCCUUGCUAAUCGACCCUAAACGCGUCUCCGUCAGCUCCGUGAACUCUGCAGGCUCGAGCUCGACUGUCAAAUAUCAUCCAUCAACUCCCCAAGAGACAACCUCUGCAUCGUAUACACGACCUUCCGUCAACAGACAUGCCUCCGCCAGUUCGGUGGCGUCGACCCCGGGUUCACGACGACCAAAGUCAUCACCUUCCUACAGACAUUCAACUGCCGGCACUCCUUUGUCCUCCUCGUACUCCAGUCGACGACGCCGAUCGCAUGCGAGCAGACCUGAAUCGACGCGGUCCUCUGUCCGCCAUCGAAAUCGGUCUUCAGAUAUUGAGGAGGAAGAUGAAAGUCCUGAUGGCGACUCUGACGAUCAUUUUGUAGGAUCACGCCCCAGCUACAGCAAUAUGAGACGUAUUAGCUCCAGACGGUCGGUCCGACUCCAUCCCGAUGACGAGUAUGAUGUGCGCUCGUUCGACGGCCGUGAGCCGUCCUUCCAUUCUGGCGAUCAAAACGACGAGGAAGAGAGCGACCUCGAGCCGUUGACACUCAAAGACAGACAGGAGACAAUCAACCAAACGCAUCCCUUCGGUUUGCCCCUUUGGAAGCCCGCCCUGUACAAGAAGACACGCUCUGUCACCCAGCGCGCAGACUCGGCCCUGCAUUCUCAGCCAUCGUCCGAUCUUUACCUAUCACUCGGGAAUGUGCUCUGGACCCUUGUCUUUGGAUGGUGGCUGGCACUGAUCUGUUUCAUCGUUGCCAUCGUGCUCUUCCUGACACCUUUCGGCGGCAGCGACUACGGAGGCGUGGUUCUGGGCCUCAGCUAUUAUCUCCUGUGGCCCUUUGGGCAAUACGUCGAACGGGAGCUGUAUCCGGGAGAGGCCAAGACAGAUGGAGUGCAUUUCUCAGAUGCUAGCACACAUCAGCGUGCCAGCAACAGCAACAGCAGUAGUUAUGGGCACAAUCACGCCAAUGGAAGCACCAACACAAACGGACGACUUAGCUAUCUUUCACCUUCAGGGGAGACACGACCACUGCUCCCCCGAAGCAGUUCGGUAUUGGAUCGAGAACGCACCCGUCCACGCUUUUCGCUCGCUAAAGCCAUCAGGAACUGGCCACGGAGAACAGCCCAGCUUGGACUCGGUGGGAUCGUCUACUACGCUUUUUAUUUCCUUCUGAUCGGGCCAUUGCAUUUGUUCGUUUCGUGUCUGUGCUGGUUCAUGGUGAUUUCGAUCCCCAUGGGCAAACUGACCUUUGUUCUAGCAACCCACCUUCACCAGCAUCCACUUCGUCUCCGCUUCAAGCGAGGCAGCUCGCUCAGCCUGUCGGCGCAGAACACCGAGAUCCUUCUCUGUACCUAUGAUGCCAUUGGAUUCCAGUAUUACAAGUACACUUACGACGGAACCAAUAUCAUCUUUAUCAAUUUGUUGCCGAUCGUCCUCUUCACGAUCUUGGACGAGUAUGUGCUGACCCAUGUUCUGGGCCACGAUUCCUGGCUCACCUCUCCGGCCGUCAUUUUCUGUCUUGGACUGUCCUCUGUGAUCCCCUUGUCCUACUUUAUCGGAAUGGCUGUGUCCUCUAUCUCGGCGCAGUCAUCCCUGGGGAUGGGCGCCGUUAUCAAUGCGACAUUCGGUUCCAUUAUUGAGAUCAUCCUUUACACUGUGGCAUUGUCACAAGGCAAAGGCUCGAUCACAGAGGGUGCUUUGAUUGGAAGCUUCCUUGCUGGUCUGCUGCUCAUGCCCGGUGUCAGUAUGAUGAGCGGCGCUGUCAAGAAAAAGGAACAAAAGUUCAACGCCAAGAGUGCUGGUGUCACCGCGACAAUGCUCAUCAUGUCCCUUAUUGGAGUCUUGACACCCACACUGUUUUAUAAUAUUCACGGGCGGUUUGAGUUGCGUUGCACUCCUUGCCCUGAGUCGGAGCUGUUGAACGCCGAUGCAUCUUGCCAGCGCUGCUACCACUACCAACCCAAUCCGACCAACGAUGCCUUUUUCCAAAAGAAUGUUAAGCCGCUUAUGUACUUUUGCUGCAUCAUCCUUCCGUCCGCCUAUCUGAUUGGUAUCUGGUUCUCGCUCAGGACACACGUCAAGCAAAUCUGGCAGGACCCUCAGCCACGCUCCGUCCGCGACUCCUCGAUCUACAAAAAGCUGCUCCCAAUGCACAUCCUGCAGCAGUUUCUUCACUAUGGCACUGGAACUCUCCAUCCAGCCAACAAUGGAGCCAAUGGAAACAGACCACAUUCAGGAGGGGACGACGCCGAGAUGGGAAGGUUCGCCCCUUCAAAUUCUGGACUUUCAACUGCAAACUACCACUCAACGUCCAUGAACGGUGGACUUGAAGAGAGACGUCCCCCUCAUUCAGCUUCCGAAGCGCAAGAGGCUGGAACUGGAGCUGGUAUUCAUCCAGCGGCUCAGGGUCUGUUCAACACCCUCUCUGUGGGACACGAUGCACUCAAGAGCGACCACGGAGAUGACGAGGAUGACGAGGACGAAGCCCACGGUGGACACGACUCGCCCAACUGGUCUAAAGCAAAGAGCGCCACGGUCCUGCUCGGAUGCACUGUUCUUUACUCCAUCAUUGCAGAAAUUCUGGUGGACAGCGUGGACGCAGUAUCCUCGAUUGACGGAAAGUUGCUGGGCUUGACCUUGUUUGCGCUCGUCCCCAAUGUGACCGAGUUCAUGAAUGCGAUCUCUUUUGCCAUGUACGGCAACAUUGCGCUCUCGAUGGAGAUCGGAUCUGCGUAUGCACUGCAAGUGUGUCUGAUCCAGAUCCCCGCUAUGGUCGCGGUUUCGGCGUGGCUGAGUCAUGGAACGACCUUGGCAUCGAACUAUACCUUCAACUUGGUCUUCCCUCGAUGGGACGUCAUUUCGAUGCUCUUCUCCGUGUUCUUGCUUACCUACACUUAUAUCGAGGGCAAGAGCAACUAUUUCAAGGGCAGCAUUUUGAUUCUGAGUUACUUUGUACUCAUGGCAGGCUUUGUGUACGCCCCUAUCUCACCAGGUUCUGGCGGGGUGGACUUUAAAGACCUCCUAUAGAUCUCGUACUUUUGGUUAUUGUUAAUUUUUUCUAUUUAUAAAGUCUUCAAUGGAUUGCUUGAUGAAA